UCAGCAAUUUCUUCUCUGUGUUGUUCAUCAGCGAUCAGAUUCCCUUUUCACUUGGAAGUUGUUUCUUUCAAAUUAAUCCAACAUGUAUGCUAAUUUCAGCUGGCCCUACUCCGGACCAACCACAUCAACACCGGACCCAACUCCAGCACAGGAUCCCAACCCAACUCCAACAUGGCUCAGCUGUCAUUACUGUUCUCGGUUCUUUAUUAGCAACCUAAAUGUUCGAGGUGUUGUUGUACAAGCCAGGGAACCCAAUACUAGCUACCAUGUGGUUGAUUACAUUACUAACACUUACCGUCCAGACGAUGGAUUAAUAAUUUCUGAAUGGAUUACAGCUGAAAAUGGGGAGAAUAAUUUGGCCUUGACCCGUAUCUACUGUGACAGAUGCAGACUACCUGCUGGCUGGAAAGUCCUUCAGCGGAGCCAAACUCACCCUAUUGUCGAUGUAGGCCAUGUUUUGCUGCCAGUUACUCCUCCUGCUGCUUCUCCUUCUCAGCCAUAAUGGCUGAUGGCUCUCCAUAUA